AUGCUUAACGCGACAGGUGCGAGCGGUUGGGAAGUGCGGUAUUCGGUGACUCAGCGCGGGGCUCCGUGUCUACUGGUCGGUGGCUACGGAUUUGUAGCGCGGAAACGUCGAGGUUCCCGCGUAUACUGGACCUGUCGCAGUCGAAAUUCCUUCGGCUGUACCGCCCGAGCCCUCACCAGAGAGGGACAGCUGGUGACGCACCACCUACAACACAACCAUCCACCAAACAAACCGACUGAACUGAAAAGAAUCGAAAGCCUCAUAGAAAUCAUCACAUUAGAAAAAUAA